CUUAUUCUCCAGCAGGUUUCAGGACGGUUAAAGUUGUGGAGGAGUCCUCUCUGUUUUCCACACUCGCCCUUGUUAUGUUACUUUAUACUUUGUCCGGAAGCGGAAGCUUUUCAGUUCCAUGAAGUUCGGUGAAGUUUGGCAGAUGACACGGAGCAGCACCGAAUCUGAUCAAUAGAACUCCACACAGUAGCCUAGUGUUACAAUGGUGACUUGCCCCCUACUGCAGUAACACACACGCUGUGUGUGUGUGUGACGGUGAGAGAGAGUGAGGGCGGGAGAACGCAGACUGACAUGGAGCAGUGCGAGCCCCCGAGCGAGCAUGAGCACCCAUGGAAGGAUGCCACCAUAAAGAGGAGGGCCUGGGCAAAGAGCCGAGACUCCUGGCAGGCCCCCGAGUCCCAGGACGACGGCGGCUCCGAGGAGUGCCCGCCAGUGCCCGCUGCCGAGCCCAUUGAGGAGAAGCCCUCCGCAGCCAAGGAGCCAGGUCGGAACAACAAAAUAGCAAGCUGGCUUGAAGACUGCAGGACUCCUUUAGGGGCUUCUCUGGAUGAGCAGGGUGGCACACCAACCAAGGGAGUUACAAAGGAAUGGCCUUGCUUUGAGGAUGCUUCCACAGGAGCAGAGGAGUGGCCCGAGUGUUUAGACGGUUUAACACGGAGAAAGGAAUUGGUAUGCGGCAGCAUGUGUCAUGCGGUUGGUGUGUGUUUGUGUGUAUGGGAGUGGGGUGGUGCUGACAGCCAUCUGACUCUGAUUUCUGUGCUCUUGCCCUCCUCCUCGCCACACUUCUCUCCUCUCUCUCCUCUCUUCUCUCCUCUCUUCUCUCUCCUCUCCUCCACUGCAGCCAACCACCUCCAGCCCAACUGCACCAAAGCUGAGGUUCCAUGCUAUGGGGUGCCAGCUAGAGAGAAGCGCACUCAGUUCAAGCAGAAAGGCAGGAGCAUGAAUUCCACGGGUUCCGGCAGGAGCAACACCACAGUGUCCAGUGGCCUGUCCUCUCUCAGCUUGUCGGAGCUGCUGGACCUGUAUGAGGAGGACCCCGAGGAGAUCCUCUACAACCUGGGCUUCGGCCGCGAGGAGCCCAAUAUCUCGUCCAAGGUGCCCUCGCGCUUCUUCAACGGCACGUCGGGUGCCCGUGGCAUCGACAUCAAGGUCUACCUGAGCGCCCAGCUGCAGCGCAUGGAGCUGGAGAACCCCAACUACGCCCUGACAAGUCGUUUCCGGCAGAUUGAGGUGCUGACCACUGUGGCCAACGCCUUCUCGUCGCUCUACUCGCAGGUGUCCGGUCUACCCGUGCAGAAGAUCGGCAGCGUCGGCACCAGCGUCAGCCUCGGUGGCGAGGCAGAGGGUGAGGCCAAGGAGCUACCGCCCAUCCCUCGCGCCCGCGCUCACUCCCACUCCACGCUCAACGCCGUCAAGAUCCUCAAGAAGAGCCUGACUCGCCACAACCUGCACGCCCCCGUCGGUUCGCCCGAGGGGGGCGCGAGCGCGAUGGCGGGGGCGGCGGCGCCAACGAACUCUGACCCCGGAACCCCCCCGGGGAUCGGGAUCGGCGCAAGCGUUUCGGCGGAGGAGCACGCGAGACUCGCCGAGGUGAAGCCGCAGAAGGCGUUCAGGAAGAAGGACUCGCCCUCGCUGGCCACUGUGGCCGAGGAAGUCGGACAGGGGAGCAGCGAGAGCAACGGGGACGCCCCAGACGCGCCUGUUUCAGAGAGCCGAGGGGACCAACCCCAGCCCAACACCCAGGCAGAGGGCCCUGUGCUGGGAAUGGAGACCCCGGUACUGGUCAGCAUCAGUGGGGUCUCGGAGGAGAGUGACGGUAAUGGACUGACCGGGGUCAACGCAAAGGAACUGGGUAGUGACCUCCAGAGGGCCAUCACCUCCACGCCAGACAAAGAGCCGUCCAACCUGCUGCCCAACCCGCUCCUCGACCAUCUCCGCACCUCCCCCCAGGCCCGCGAGUCUUUCGAGAUGGACGAGCUGCAGGAAGACGAGCCUGGCACCCGAAGCACAUCUCGAGCCGGCAGUGAGCUGCUGAGGACUGCCAGCCAGCAGUCAGACAGCAGUGGAUUCGCUGAAGACCCCUGCGCUGAUUGCUCAAUUAAUUAUCUGAAGAUUCAGGAGAGUUCGGACAGCUGCGACAGUGAGACCACGGUGACUUCCCACGCGGGCGACUCCACGACCCCUCUCAGCACUGACAUGGCCGCCCUCGAGCCGGACGCCCAGGCCGUCCUAGAGACACACAGUGAGGAGGAGGAGGGCAAGAAGAAGGUGCCUGUGUACAACUCCCACCAUUUCUCUAGAUCGGCCGACGCUAUAGCCGCGCAGCCGGCCAGCUCUGCAGACGAGCCUGGUAUGACCACUACAGGGUCCACUGCAGAAGCCUCACCUCAGACAGAGGCUGGGGUGUCAGAACUCUCCCCACCCAUGGAGGCUCCUGCGUCUUCUCUCAGAAGUUCUCCGGAAGGCUCCAAGCACAGCGCGUCUGACCUGGUCCGCACUGCCCUGCACCGGGCACAGGAGCGCUCCCCUUUGACGAGGGAAGACCGGUCGAGUCAGGCAGUGCCAACAACAUCUGUCCGGGCCCAAGGGGUGCAUAAGACCCGUCUGGGGCGUAUGCAGCGGUCCAGCUCGCUGCCCACCUCUCUGCUCAGCCCGUCCCGCGUGGUCUCCUCCAUGCACGUCCAGCUGGGCCACGGGUCAGUGCGGCUCUGCACCCCACCCACCUUCUCCUACCGCUACACCCCCGACUCGGACGCAGUGCUGGAGGUGGGCUCCAUCAAAGAGGAGGGCAACAACAAGGAAGAGGAGGAGGACGAGGGUGAGGAAGGGCAACCCAGCUGCCGGACCACCCUCAUCAUCAAAUCGCAGACGGCUGCACCGACAACGGACAAGCCGUUCUCGCAGAUCGUCCCUGCGUACCCGUCGUUGGCGCUGCCUGGCCACCUGAACCUGUCCAACAGCUCGCUCCACAGCGGGCCCCUGCACGAUUGGCCCCAGCAGCGGACGCUCGGCGAGGCCGGCGGCUGGAGUAGCGUGCCCAACCUCGCGCUGGGCCAGCAGCAUGCCCCCUCGGCCACGCCCCGCCACCAGCAUCUGCCCCAACAGCUGCCCCACCAACUGCCCCACUUCCGCUCCCCCUACCCCACAGUGCCCGGCGGCUCUCCUUACAACAGCCUGAACUCGUCCUUCAACGGUGCCUUCCCCCAGACCUCGGGCAGCAGCUACACGCCGUCCCCGACUUCUUCACGCCGCCAGAGCUUUUCACGCCGGGCCAAGAGCUUCUUUCACGCCACAAGAGAGUGCCAGCAUCUCCCCACUCCCCCUCAUGGCCCGAGUCCGGUCCCGUCCUACAGCCCCCUGGUCCACCCGCACAGCGCCCCCUACAGUCUGCCAUAUUGCACGCCGUCGCCUGGUCGCCUCGGUCAGCCCUACAACCCGCAGUACUCGGGGCCUCCCUGCUUCCCCUUCCCCCACGAGCCAGCGGCCCCGCCAGCCCUGUCCACUACGGAGAUGCAGCUCCGCAGGGUCCUGCACGAGAUCCGGGGGACCGUGCAGAGCCUGGCCCGGGGCUCUACCCCGUGUCCUGACGACAUUCCUGCCGAUGCCUUCAGUCCACAGAGGUCCAUCCAAACGCUCUAUGAGGAUCUGCAGAUGAGGAAGAGGAGUUUGUGUAUGUUCCGCACGCAGAUGAUGGACCUGGAGCUGUCCCUGAUGAGGCAGCAGUCUCAGGUCUACCAGCACCUCAGUCAGGAUGAUAGGAUGGAGGCGGAACAGCUGCAGUGUCUGCGUGGUUCAGUCAGGCAGGAGCUGCAGGAGUUGGAGCUGCAGGUGGAGGAUCGGCUCCUGGCGCUGAACGAGCAGCUCCGCGCCGCUCAGCAUCGUGGCCUCUACUGCCACCCUAUGGCCAUGCACAGAGGUCACAGUCUGGACAGCCUGUCCAACGCCUCGGCCCUGGAGCCGGUGUCUGACCUCCUGCGGGAGCAGCUGUACCUGCAGUCGGAGCUGGGGGGCAUGAGCCGCGCCACCACCCCCAUGUCGGGCCGCUCCUCGGGCACCGUCAGCCCCGUGCGGAGCCACAGGGCCACCUCCGGGCACUCCUCCCCCCAGAGGGGAGCCCUCUACCGGGCCACGGUCAGCCUCACCCCGGCCCCCCCUCCACGGCCAGGUGUGGAGCCCUCAGAGCAGCCUCUGGCUGCCGCGGAGGAGGUGGAUGGAGAGGGGAGGACGGAGAUGCGCUCGCUAGCGGUGGAGCAGGGUAGUCAGGCAGCUAUUAACCCCCAUCUGCUGCAGGAGAGAGGGAAAGAAGGGGUAGCAGCAGGAGGAGGAGGAGCAGGAGCAGGAGGAGGAGGAGGAGGAGGAGCUGAAAGAGGAGCCGAUAACCCACACCUGCAACAGCUGAUCAAAGAGAUCAAAGACAGCAUCGCUGACGAGAUCCGGCAGGAGAUCCGGCAGGAGAUCGUGAGCGAGCUCCUUGCCGCCGUCUCUCCUAGGAGAGCGCUGGCGGUGUCGAGGGAGCAGCCUUGAGCCGAGCGUACGCACACACACACACUGGUGGAUUUACAAGAGAGCUGAAGAAAAAUGAGGAGGAAUAAAAACCACAAGCUUCUACUGAAGAGUUUGUGUGUUGAACACUGUUGAAGCCUGCACUGAGGAGAGACCUGUCUGGCCAGCUCAGACCAGUCCAAACUACCACCACAUCCCCACCCCCCCACCUACUAGACCUCGGGUCAUUCAUGGGAAAGAGACACAUGGACCGCUUUUUCUCACACACACACACACACACACACACACACACACACACACCAACACUGCUGUAUGUGGACGAUGUGCUGAUCAGAACUGUGACCCGGCUGCUUACUUGGGCUGGGCUGGGUGUGUGUGUGGGGGGGGGGGGCAGGGGGUCUGGGAUGGUGACCUGGCUGUAUUGAUGGUACAAUGUUGAAUUCUGAUGCCUUUGUGGAACGUGCUUAAGUAUGUGCUGUUGGUCCACGUGCAUGUCCAUUUGUCGAAAGGUGAACAAGUUCGAAGAGGCCGGCUGUCUGUCUGUCUGUCUGUGUGGAUACAUAUACUGUACGUUUGUGUCUUUAGUGUGAAUGUGUUUGUGUCUGUCUGGAUUCAUGCGUGAAACUGUGUAUGUCUUUUUUCCAGAUCAGUGUCUACUGUACAAACAGACCCACUGUCCUAUUCUCUUCUAAUGCAGCCUCUGUGAGGAACUAACUGUGCAAUAUAUUUCACUCGCAACUUGAAUUGACCAAUAGCAACUACUGUUUUUAGGUGUGCCACUUCUGAAGGUUCUCCUCAGCCACGCGUAUUUGUUUCUGCUCGUUGGCUAUAUUUAUGUCUGUAAUCUAUCAUGCUCUCCUAACGAGGACAAAGAACUAAAAUAGCCUGAAGCACAUUCCUAAAUAAGUUUUGCCUCUGUAGACAGCACUACUUUAGGUCGUUGUUUUCUUUUUUUACAUGUGGUCUAACACAGAGACUAGAGCUAAGAGUUUGGAUGCGGAUGGACACUAAAGUGUUUUCAUCAGGCCUUAGCAAGGGAGAGAGACAACAGGGAUUGUUGUCGCUGUUGUUUGUGUUGUUGUAUUUGUUGUUGUUUUUGUUGUCGUUUUUGUUGUCGUUUGUCUUUCAGUUUGGAAAUGAGUUGUAAUACUAAUUGAUUCAUAGUACCUGUACGUAUGACUGCAGUUCAUGUGCUAGCCAAGCACAUUGUUUUUAAAGGGACUUGCUAACUUGUCACCUUUGGGAUGCACGAGGGACGAUGUCUACAGCAAAUCAUUAAUAAAGAUUUAUUUAUUUUGAGUAA